AUGGUAACAGUAAUCAUAAAGAAUAAAAAUUUAGAUAUAAUUUUGAUUGCUUUUGAUUUUCAUCCUCAUUAUGAUACUUUAUUAAUGAAAAUUACAAAAAUGGAAUUAUUGGUUUGAAACAUUCUAGUAUGAUUAUCAAAUAGAUAAAAUGAAAAUAUAUUUAGUUUUAGAAACUAUUAUAAUUUGUAUUUAUUUAUUUUUUUAAUUAAUUAAAUGAAUAAUUAUUUAUAUAUAUUCUCAAAUAAUUUGAGGAAUUAUCAUUUAUUUAAAGAAUCAAAUUAGUUGCUUUGAGUAGGAAUUUAUUUCAUUAAGAAAAUAAAUAGAAUCAUUUAAGUCACUAAUUGUCUAAUCAGCAAACAUUUAACAAUUGCUAUUGGAUAUUUUUGUUUGGAUGUAUAAAAAUUUUAGUGUUGAGUAUUAUUACUGAAUAUGGCUUUUUGUUAUUCAACUUGAUAUUGGGAACAAAUUGA